AUGUCAUACAUCAAUAUCAUAAACAUACACAGUUCAGGAAAUCAGAGCAUUAACCAUGAUAAAAAUUGCAUCAAUCCUCAAGAGACUUGGAGAAAACCCCCUGAGUCUUGGAUUAAAAUUAACAUUGAUGCUUCUUUUCGUACUAAUAAUACUAAUGCUGGUUUUGCUUUAAUUGCUCGUGAUUCCACAGGGAGGUUCUUGGCAGCAAUGGCCUACUCAACAAGAGCCAGAGAUGUGAACCAAGCAGAAGCUUUGGUGAUGCUCAGAGCUUUACAUUGGAUCAAAGAAAUGCAGUUCCAAAGAGUCGUUAUAGAAGGGGAUAAUUGGUUAGUAAUCAACAGCUGUAACGGAAGUGUUGAAGGUUUUAAGUGGGAAGAUCAAAAUAUUAUUAAGGAAUGUCAAGAUUUUCUUCAAAAGUUAGAGUCGUGUCAAGUUACUUUUCAAAAAAGGUCUUGCAACAUCGCAACAGAUAAACUAGCAAAACUAGCCAGGACUAGUAUCAGGUACCAAAUCCGGUUGGAGGAACCUCCAAAUGUAAUUGCUAGUAUCUUAGCAGCUGAAAGCAAGAAUUAG